AUCCUCGUUCGUCUAUCACCGGCUGGAAGAUGGUGGCAGUUAAAAUGCAGUCUUGUGUGUUGUCAGUUUUGCUUUUGAAUGUUUUUUACACUUUCGUGUCCUCGCUGUACUUUCACAUUGGGGAGACUGAGAAGAAAUGCUUUAUAGAGGAAAUUCCUGAUGAAACGAUGAUCAUUGGAAACUAUCGUACACAGUUGUAUGACAAGCAGAAAGAAGAAUACCUUCCUGCCACACAGGGUCUGGGGAUGUUCGUUGAGGUGAAAGAUCCGGAUGAGAAGGUAAUCCUGUCUCGUCAGUAUGGCUCUGAGGGAAGAUUCACCUUCACCUCUCACACCCCUGGAGAACAUCAGAUCUGCCUCCACUCCAACUCCUCCAAGUUCUCCCUCUUUGCUGGGGGAAUGCUCAGAGUACACCUUGACAUUCAAGUGGGAGAACACACCAAUAACUAUGCAGAGAUUGCUGCCAAAGACAAGCUGACUGAGUUGCAGCUAAGAGUGAGACAACUGGUGGAACAGGUGGAUCAGAUCCAGAAGGAGCAGAACUACCAGAGGUACCGCGAGGAGCGCUUCAGACAGACCAGUGAGAGCACCAACCAGAGGGUUCUUUGGUGGUCCAUCGUUCAGACAUUGAUCCUGGUGGCUAUUGGCUUCUGGCAGAUGAGACACCUCAAGAGUUUCUUUGAGGCCAAGAAAUUAGUGUAGAAUGCACUUUCAUUUUAUUGUUUGAGUCCAGGUUGGGGGGGUCAAUUUGCUUUCAAAAUCUGCAAAUUCAAGAAGUGAAUUUUCAUUCUGUUAUUUAUUAGAAAACUGCCACAUAGUUUUUUGAGGCUUUUUUAAUCCAUCAAUUGAAUUGGAAUGAACUUCCUGAAUCGAUGAUGUAACCCACCCCAACCUCGGUCUGAAUGCAGUACUCCAACAUCAGUCAGGUGUGUGGGCUCCCAGAAGGUACACGUGUUGACUUAGGAGGUCAGCAUAAUUGAAAAACCACCCAAUUCCUUAUGAGAGGGCUCUGCUUUGGAUUUUAAAACCAUUUUGUGGCUUUGAUAUGCCCAAACUAUGUUUCUGUAAGAGAAAACUGUCUGCAGUUAAUUUUUGUUUCCAUUGCCAUGUUUUUUUGUCCUGAAAAUGGGUUUGCUUUUGGACUGAGUUAAAUCAUUUAAUACUGUCUCACUGCGCAUCACAUGAUGUUAUUAAAUAUCUUCUUUGAAUUU